GUCUGUUACUCUCAAUCUCACUUCUCGAAUGUCUGUUCGUCCCAGAAACGCUACCAUCUACCCAACGGGCGACGAAGGUCAGAAAAUUUGUGGGGUUUUCUCUGAAACUGCUCCGUUGCAAAGCUAGAAAAAGCCAAUAUGCAAAUACGAAACGGACGGGAUGGCUUACCGCGGUCUGAUCGAUCCGCGUGCUCUGCGUACCUCUGAGG